AUGUAUUACUUCGCUUUCCUAUUUUGCACCUUUUGGGUGCCGUUCACACAAUCAUUCACUGUGGUUAACAAAAUCGAGGAUGAUUUCUCAAUCGAUGAUGUAACUGAUUACGAGGUAGUACCUGUUCGUCACAUGCUCCAUAAGCGGAGCAUCAAUGAAUUAACACUUCAUACCAAAAUAAAUGGUGAAGAGCGUGAAAUUUAUUUGCAACCUACGGAAGGUUUACUUGCAGGAACAGGGACGAAAGUUUUCAUAGCCAAAAGAGGUUCCCAAAGGAAUGUCGAUUUUAAACCUAUACCAAAUGUCAUGCAGAACGUCUUCAUAAAUUUUUAUCAAGAUUCGAUAACUUUGUCAUCCAUUUCACACAGUAUUAAUAAACGUGGACUAUCCGAGUUUAAUGGAAUUAUUAAUGAAAACAUGGUAAUACGUCCAAUGCCUGAACAUCUUCGUAAACGUCGAGAUCUUUUGAAGAGCAAUACUUCAUCAUUUGAAAGUCUAGCCGAUGGUUUUAUUGAUACUACUGAACAUAUAAUUUAUAAACAAACAUUCAAAAAUGUUUCCGAAUUUUCUGCACCUAAAAUGAGCAAUGAAAGAAUUUUGAACAUGAAGAGUGUGUCACGAAGGUCUGCCAAAGAAUUACCGUACAUUGUGUAUCCAGAAAUUUUGGUUUUUGUUGACGAUGUCGUUUUUAAGAAAUUCGAAUUUAAUGUGAUACGUGCAGUUGAAUACACUUUGAGUUUUUGGAAUGCUGUUGAUUUAAGAUAUAGAGAAUUUACAGAACCAAAGAUUCGUCUUAAUAUUGCUGGAAUUGUAUUUCUUGAGGAGCCAUUGCCAUUUAUAUAUGACGCACUAGGCGAUACCAGAGGAGAAACAGUACAUGUAUUUUUCUUAUUAAAAGAAUUUAGCAAGUUUCUACAUAAUGAAAAAGUUAUACAACUCAAAGGAGUGUGUAGAAAUAGUAAAAAUUAUGAUCAAUACAUCUCUAGUGGAUUAAUUGAAGAUAAUAAUGGUUACAAAGGAAUAAUGACUGCUGCUCACGAGUUAGGUCAUAUCCUUGGUGCAUAUCAUGAUGAGCCAGAAGCAUCAGAUGAUAUUAAUGUAGAUAGUAUUAAGGGAUGUACAAAAGCGGAUGGAUAUAUGAUGACUCACAAUCAGAAAACGAAAAACAAAAUUUUCUUUUCACCUUGUUCAAAAGAGGCUAUUAAAAAUACUUUAAGCGAAAAUAAUGCAAAGUGCGUUCAAAAUAAUCCAGCGGAAUAUAAAAAUAACAAUCCACUGCCAAGAAUAUUACCUGGGCAAUUAAUGACUUUAGAUCAACAAUGCAGAAAUCUUGGCUUCAUAGAAUGUUACCGCAAUACUACAACAUGCUUAGAUCUAUGGUGUGUCACUGAGAAAAGGGAUGGCUUUACUUACUUUAAUACACAUUACUCUUCUCCUGCGGAAGGUUCUUUUUGUGACGAUGGAAAGUAUUGUUUAUCAGGAGAGUGUGUAGAUAUUGUUAGUACAGUUUCAAAGAAGCAAAAUCCUAAUCCAAUUCCAAAGAAGCCAAAAAGUUCAACCAUUUUCGCCGUUCCGAAAAAGCCGGCCAUUCAAAAGGAACCAGUCGGAUCAUCAAAGCCAUUUUCUUUCAAGACUUUCUUUAAGUGUAUUUUCUCCAAGUGUUAAACCAACGCAUACAAUGAGGGUAUUAUCGUAAUUCUUUUGAUUUAAAAUGAA